AUGGACACCUUGCUGGCUGGAUGGACGCAAUCCGGGGAUUUCCUGCAGGACCGAUGGCUUUCACUGCUGGACAUCGUGGGCGAAGAUCCGUGGCGCCUGUGGGUGGUGGGCAGCACGAUUGUUAUCUUCACCGUAUAUUGGCUGUACGCGGGUAUCUUCACGCUGAUGGACAUCACAAACCGGCCGCGAUUCCUGCGCAAAUACAAGAUUCAGCCGGGCCAGAACGAGCCGGUGGAUCUGGCCAAGCUCUGGAAUGCCAUCAAGGUGGUGCUGGUCAAUCUAACGGUGGUUAACUUUCUGGUUUGCUGGGUGGGCUACGAGCUGAUCUACAGGACGGAGAACAGCGGUGAUAUCCGGGUGCUGCCCACUUUUAGGCGAUGCCUGCGAGAUUUGGCCGUCUUUGUGGUCCUGGAGGAGAUCAUGUUCUACUAUGCCCACCGCCUGCUGCACCACAAGUCCGUGUACAAGUAUGUCCACAAGAAGCACCACGAAUGGACCGCUCCCAUAGCUGCCAUCACCUUGUAUGCCCAUCCGGUGGAGCAUGUGGUGGCCAAUCUGCUGCCGGUGGCCACCUCCAUUGCGAUCCUGGGCACCCAUGUGUCCCUGGCCUAUGUGAUCUUCGCCCUGGCCAUCGUCAACUCCAUGAGCGACCACACGGGCUAUAGCUUCCCGUGGUCGGCCGGAUCGGUGCGGUUCCAUGAUUACCACCAUGCCAAGUUCAACUACAAUUACGGCGUACUCGGACUGCUGGACAAACUGCAUGGCACAUAUCGGACUCCCGCGGAGCAAAAGGGUCUUGCCUCAAGGAUAAAGAGCAAGCCCAGCAAAAGGAAGACUAAAUAAUCCUUUUAUAUACUUGUAUUUUUUAUUUUAUUUUGAUUUCUUUUAGUUUUGUUUUGGUAGAAAUACCAAAGCUAGUCCCCUCAA